CGAGGACAGAGUUACAACGAGUUUGAAUCACAAAAGCUGCAGAUCCCUCAAGUGCAAUGCUCUCUCGUUCGCCAGCGCCGACGCAUAUUCUGUACAUCCGUCUUAUAUGCGCUGCACCCAAACGAUGAUCGAUGUUUGUGGACCCAUACUCUGGCUCCGCCAUUUGGAGCCUGCCUCCACUAGAACAAGAUUGCCAGAAAAUUUUCAUGUCUCGGCAUUGCCCCGAGGGGAAAAGCUGAGUGACGAUCAUCGGCAGGAGGGGAAUGCACACCAAGUGCUCCACGGUCUCAAACGCCAUCCCGACAGCGCUACGGAGCAUACGCGCCGAACCAACUUUCCUAGCCCACUACUCCCCACUCCGUAGGCGGUUAUGGUGGGCGAAUGAUCCACAGGGACCACAACAUUCUAGAAGAUCAGUUCACCACCUUGAAAGACAGACCGCCCUAAAUAUCCAACAUGUGCUCGCGGUACAUCCAAGACAGGCGAGAUUUCACAUGCAUGGCUCUCCCCGGAUGACACUAGCCACGAUUCUCCAUAUUUAAUCUCCAUAGAAUAACUUUCUUCCUCCCAUCAUUUCGCUAGGUUGGAAGAUGGGGUCUAAAGGAUACAGGAAUCGUGGAGUCAAAAAACAGCAUACCGGCGGCUGGUGUGGAGAUUGCAUGGGUAUGUAAUAGGAUGAGCCAGACACCGAGACGCCAAACUCGUGGGUGCGGGUACCUAUGCUGUCAUCUUUUGAAGAAAGGAUGGGAGAGAGACUCAAAAAUUCUGGGGGAAGAUGGGAUGGUGAUAAAACCCUCCACAGCUCCAGCUUUUCGCAUCGUUUCUUUUUUGUCAGUUUUGUGUUACGUACCUCUCCAGCUGGCUGACUGCUACGGUGGUACUAUUGAGUGACUCGCCAGCUCUGGAAGCCAGUCCUACUCUGUCAUUUCUAUUUUUCAUGUAUUUUGCUACCGAGGAGCAUUGACUGUUUCUGCGAAAAAAAAUCAACGUCCCAUGCUUGUACCAUGGCCGGAGCACCUUACUUUGGGUUUCGUGGAACGAAACUCAACGUCGCGAUCGGUGUGAUUGCUGGCUUGGACUUUUUGUAUGUCAUGUCAAUAAUUCAGUCAACAAUGCUAACUAGCUAAUUUCGA